AUGAGUACCAGUAGAGAAGAAGGUAGCGAUGUGCCGCAAGCUGCAAAGAGUUCCUGGGGACCAUUCCUAAAGUCCAUCGCAUCAUUCAACGGCGACUUGGCGAGCUUGACAGCACCUCCUUUUAUUUUGAGCGUUACUAGUUUGACUGAGUAUUCCGGGUACUGGGCGGAACAUCCGGAAAUCUUUGUAGCCCCUGCACAGGAAAAGGAUCCGCAGAAGAGAGCUCUAGCGGUGCUAAAGUGGUUCUUGUCGACACUAAAGCAACAAUACAGCUCCAGGAACGAGAAACUCGGCUCCGAGAAGAAGCCAUUGAACCCAUUUCUGGGGGAGUUAUUUCUUGGCACUUGGAAAGACCCAAGUGGAGUUAUCGGCGACACUCAGUUAAUCUCGGAGCAAGUCAGCCACCACCCACCAGUCACUGCAUACGCUAUUAUCAAUGAUAAACAUGGAGUAAAACUUGAGGGUUACAAUGGCCAAAAAGCAUCGUUUACCAGGGGAACAAUCACUGUCAAGCAAAUUGGUCAUGCAAAAUACCACCUGAAGGAAUUCAACGAAGAUUAUGUUAUCACGCUCCCAUCUCUUCAUAUUGAGGGAAUUGUUUAUGGAUCCCCAUAUGUUGAAUUGAAUAAGAGCAGCACUAUCACUUCAUCUACUGGGUAUGUCGCCAAAAUUGAAUACAGUGGAAAAGGAUGGGUCACUGGUAAGAAGAAUACCUUCACGGCAACCCUAUCAAAGGAAGGCAGUAAGGAUAUCCUAUACACAAUUGAUGGUCAAUGGACGGAUAGCUUCAUAAUCAAGGAAGGAAAAUCCAAGAAGGAGUUCGAUCUUUACAACGCAAAGGCUUCCAAAACUACGCCCUUGUAUAUCGCCCCUCUCGAGAAACAAGAUUCUCUCGAGUCGAGGAAUGCUUGGGCUAAAGUCCAAUCUGCAAUUGUCAAUGGCGACCUCGAAACCACUAGCGCGGAAAAGACAAAAAUUGAAAAUGAGCAGCGCGAGCUUCGGAAAAAAGAGAAGGAGGAAGGAAGAGAGUGGGAAAGACGAUACUUCACUAGAGUCCAGGAAGACCCCGUCUUGAAAGCCCUCGGCGAUAAAUCUGGCGUCGUUCUAGAACCAGAGAAGACUGAUGGUAUCUGGGUCUUUGACAAUGCAAAGUACCAAAAAGUACUUGAGAAGGCGAAGUCUCCUGUUGCUGAGGCUACUGAUUGA